AUGGGAUCUCCGCGUAAAUCACUGAAGGAAGCAGACGACAGGGAGAACUCUGCCUGGAAGAAUAACAAACGAAACCCGGAGCCGAACGUGUGGGAUCGAAGAGCGUUAGUCUCCCCGCCCGCCCCGGCUGCUCCCGAGCAGCUCAUCGAUAACCAUCGGCUAUUUGCAAGGGUAAACAGCGACGGAGCCGGCGGCACAGGCGAGGGAGGGAGGGAAGGAGGGGGUGAGCCUCGCCUGCCUCGGGAGCACCGCCCGUGGCACAGCGAGCGCGGCGGCGGGCAGAGCCGCACGGAGAGCAGCGGGCGGAGGGGUCGCGGGCGCGGGGCCGAGCCCGGGCUGGUCUGGGGGGGGCCCGUCCCGUCGGGGCAGGUCGCGGGCGGGGCCGGGUGGCGGCGGCGGCCUCCAAUGGGGGCGAGCGAGGGCCGCGCCGCGGGGCUGCCCGCUGCCCGCUGCCCGCUCCGCGCUGCUCGGCGGCUCUCGGCGGGAGGCGGCGGCGGGGAGAAGCGGCCGGAGGAGAGGACGGAGCCGGGCGGCCGAGAGCCGCAGCCAGUCGUUUCAUCCGCAAUGAGGGUCACCAGAAACGUUGUGAAUGGUGAAGAAAUGCAGUAUUACCCUCUGUAUGGAAGGAGAUCGCCCCGAAAAACUUCUGCCCGAUUGAUGCCUAAAGGCAAAUCUAUGUCAGAAAGACGGGCAAAGAGAAGAAGGAAAAUCCCCGAAGUAUCCAAAGGGUCACUUACGGGAGGGAGUGUUUCGAAGGGCUCGCUAGGAGUGCAGCCAGCUCGGCGCAUCGAACCCUGCAGCCAGGCGUUGUGCCCAGGAGCCGUGCCGCAGCGCCGUGCCCCCAGCCGGCUGUCAGAGCGAGGACCCGCCCCAGCGAGCCGGCGACAAACCUGCUUCGAGCCCGUCACCCCGUGUGCUUCACAGCGCGGUGCGGCGGGGGCAGGGAGGGAGAGAAAGAGCGAAGGGAACCGGGGGAAACCCCGAGGGGACGGCGGGACGAGGACACCCGACGGGGAGCUGCGGGCGCGGCUGCUGGCGGGCCUCGGGCCGCGCAGGUGCCGGGGUUCCGCGGCCGCGCUGCCUUCGCCGCGCUCCGCGGGGCCCCGCGCAGGGCCGGAAAGGCCGGCAAAGGUGAGGCGGGGGGCGGCGGUACCGUCCCGUCGGGUUCUCGGCCCAGCAGGAGAGGGGAGAGCGGCCGUCGGCGCGUGUGCGCUGCACACACCGGCGCUGUCUCCUCCCGACAGAGUGGACCCGCGAUUAAUGCCGCCGGACAGCUCCCCCCGACCCCGCUCCCCCUCCCCUUUUCUCCUCCCUUCCCGCCCCCUCCUCCCGAGGUCCUCCGCUGGUUUCAAUAAAAGGCAGGAUCCGAGCUUUCUCUCGUUCGAAUCAAAGAGGUGUCGCGAUUGGCUGAAACGAGGGGCACACGGGGUAUUUGCAAAGAUAUUUCCAAACAAUACUCGGCCGAGCCUCCCGAAGUUCCUCGGGAAGCGAGCAUUGUCUGGUAAAACAAUGACAGAAAAUAAAUCAGUCGUCGGGGUCCCCGUCGGGAUCCCGGGGGUUUCAACCCGGCUCCUUGGCUCGCCUUCCCAGGCUCUCCUACUCAUUAGAAGGUUAAUAAGAGGCGCCGGAGACUUACCCCGGGGUAACGGCGGGGGGACCGGGCUGCCGAGCCCGCGGCACUGGGGGCUCUGCUAGCAGCCGUCUGGGCAAAGCGGCUCCGCCGCGGCGGGGCCGUCCGUGAGCACCGGGGCGCUCCCGCUCCGCUCCGCGGGGCUCGGAGGGGGCAUCACCGCCGCGUGGGGCGGCCGGGCGUGGGCUGCCUUCAGAGCGCUGCUCGGCCGCGGCCAACGAGUGCUUUUUCGGGAGGGUAAGCGAGCGCAAAGCCUCUGUGAGAGAGUAAACCUCGUCUUGCGCGUGCGGUAAACCAGAGGAGCGUUUCCCUUCGGAGUAAUAUGAAGUUUAUCAACUAAAAACCGAGCAAAUAAACCUCGAAACUUUAUUCUGGAGCGCAUUUUAUACCCGAGAGACUGAAUUCUCACGUCUUCACAGAGGCCUAUAAAUCUUGCUUUGCACCCGCUUACCCUCCCGAAAGAGACGGCGGAGCAGUGCGGUCCUUUUGAGUACGCUCUGCUGAGCCCCGCGCCUCCCCGUCCCCCCCGAACGGUGCGAAUAUUCUGCCGCCUUGGCUGAAUGGAAGCGAAGACGUUUAUGGCCUCCACCGCGACUUCAGUUGAAGAGUUUCACAUGGGAGACGCGGAGAUCAGUGCCCCAGAGCUACAUUUUCCUCCGGGGAGCUCAGAGCCCCGCACAGAGCCGCUGUUUUGCCGAUCGGUGCCCUCGUACCGCACAGCUCUAUCGACCGGCGCUCCCGGAGGGGCGUUUUCACACGGGACUUCGCUUCUAUGCGGACACUCGUUUUCAAUCUCGAGAGGCUCAAGCCCAAGCUAGAGCUGUCUGGCGAUAAGUAACCCGCCCCAGAGCCGAACUGUUAAUGAACAGAACGAUCCCACUUUCAUCUCGCCCCUCAGAAAUAUUUUUGCUUAGAAAGGGCUGGCUGCUAAUUGGGGAGUGCAGUCGCCUUUAAUCUCCAACACAGCGCUUGGAACCUACCCAGAAUGAAUUAAAAUAAGUCUGAUAAACAAGAAGUAAACAUGGCUUCCCAGUAAAACCCGUUUUAUGAUCACAGCUUGUGUGCCACCUCCAAAUAUUAAGUUUAGGCAUUCAGGGCAUAAAGAGCAAACCCCUUUUCCAAAGCCGCUAAUGCUCACAUUUGGUACUGUUUUAAUCUUCCCUAUUAGAAGUACAAGGAAGGAAUCUCUUUUGUUCCAGUAAACUCUAGAUGGAGUACAAAUUUGCAUGUUUACACAUACUUUCUACGCUGGAACGAUCCCCUAAAUCUUAAAUCUAUGGAUAAACACGUGUAUUUAUCUUCUUCUUCUUUUUUUUUUUUUUUUUCCCCUGAAAGCAGCCUGCGGGAGAGGAAUAAUCAGCGGAGCAGUUAAUUUUUUUCUCUCCUCUUCUGCAUUUCUGCUGGCAAGGAGAGAGAGCGGAGCCUGUGUAGAAGCCUGCGUGCGGGAGGGGCUCCGUCUCUCACCUCUGCAGACUUCCAGGUCUAUACGCAGCGAGACGGCGGGGACAGCCGCUCCGGGCACCUACAGCCCCGGGAGCUGCGGAUCCCUCUCCCACCGCAAAGCGCCGUUUGCUGUUUGUCGGUUUGUUUCUUCUAUUUAUAGCGUUGCUCCCGAGCUCGUCCCCGGAGCGUGCCCGCUGCAGCGAGAUCUGGUUUCCCGGGCGCAGCCCCAUCCUUACCCAGCAGCAGCGCGUUGCAAAUGCCUCCUGCUAAAAAGGAGCGAGCCCGAGCCUCAGGAUCCCGUUAAGGACCGGAGUCCGCCCCUGUGCUCCCGGCCAGAAACACAGCACAGCCCCGAGAGCCCCAGAGCUGCUCGAGAGAGCUGAAACGCCUCGUGUUUGUCGAAGGAUUUCAGAAAACAGGUGAAGAAUUAAGAUAGGACUUAAUGCCGCGCUUAUCGCAUGUAAAUGAAAUAUUUAAUCUGCCAUUUCAUCUCUCCUGUGUGCUCAAACACCUCCAAAAGUUCUUUGAACAAAUAUUUAGUUUCCAAGCUAUAAAUUCGUCUUAUGCAAAGAGAAAGCUUUCAGGAUCUCCAGUUUAAACUCGUUCCUUCCACUUGUUGUGGUGCUGGGAAUUAUCAAACCGGUCAGCUUACCUUUCCCACGAGUGGUAAUUAACAGAGAGCUGGGGGGCGUGGGGGGAGGAAUAAAACAGGGAAUAAUUGCAUUCAAAUACUGGGAGUUCACAAGUCGUGACCAGCAGCCUUCCUACUUCAUGUCUUUAUUCAGUUGAUUGUUAUUUUUAUUCUCGAUGUCUCCACAGCUACUCUGCACGUCGGGUAACCCUGCAGCGUCUCAAGAUCCCCUAAUCAUCGUCAGAAAGGAAAAUGGAGAAAUAAAACUGUAAGGAAGGGGAACCUCUAUGUCAUUCUCUGGUCUGUCUGGGGAGUUAUCAAAACCCAGAGCUUCUUAUCCUAAUCUCUCUGAGAUCCGAGAAAAGCAUGUGGGGAUUGCCUGCUCUUUUAGCUCACUGGUUUGGGAUGGGAUGG